AUGCCUGGAGUCCCACCAAAUGCGCUCAACAACUUGAAGGCCAAGUUCCGGGCCGUCUUCAAGAAGAAGGACGAGAAGAAGGCCGAGGCUAAGCCUGCUGAGGCGUCCAAGCCAGCUGACAAGCCCGCGGAGGCAUCCAAGCCGGCGGAGACAACUCCUGCUACUGCUGCCGCCGCCGCGGAGCCCGCCAAGACCGAGACCGCACCGGCUGCCGCGCCCGCAACCACUGCCGACGCCUCCAAGCCCGCCGAGGAGCCCAAGAAGGAGGACACACCCGCCGCGCCGGCGGCUGCCGCCCCAGCUACAACCACCACCGAGUCGGCUCCCGCGGCCCCGGCCGCUGAGGCAGCGAAGCUGGCCGAGGAGGCCAAGCCUGCUGCCACCGAGGCUGCUCCUGCUGCCGACGCCGCCGCUGCCCCGGCACCAGCAGCGGCUGCUACAACCACAGAGGCUGCUCCUGCCGCUGCUCCUGCCGCGGAGGCUGCGAAGCCGACUGAGGCCGCGAAGCCCGCCGAGGCCAAGCCGGCUGAGGAGGCCAAGCCUGCCGCUACCGAGGCUGCGAAGUAA